AUGGGGUUCAGAUCACGAUAUUUGCGGAUUCCGCGACCAAGGGCGUUCCUCUACGUAAUGAGCUUGCGAACAGGAACAGAGUUAAUAUCUCUGUCCAUGAUAUUCAACAAAGUCACCGGGUUCUACGGUCUCUUAGCCGUCCUCACAGGCUUCAGUCUUUCGCCCCUCCAGCUCUCGAUGUACAUGUACUCAGUGGCGGCGCUCAUCCUCCUCGCGAUUCUCAUGCCUCAUAUUCGAAAACAGAGUCCCUUCCAGUGUCUAGCGCUAGCAUGGUUCUAUCUAAUCGAUACGAUCGUCAAUACUGCAUUCACAGCCGCUUUCGCGGUGACCUGGUUCCUGGCCAUCAGCGCCGAUGCUACCAAUAGGCCUCUUCCGAACUCUCCUGGGAGCGGGACGAUUGGCGACACGGCUGGAUUCACUGACCCAAAAUACAACGUUAGUCAGGUAGAUGUGAUUGCGACUCCUGCCGCAGGUGUUGCGGCAGGUCAAGAAGCAGUAGCUGUUGGAGUUGCAGCUACGGCGGCGGCUGCCGGAAGCCCGAGUCUGGCUCAUGGUGUUGGAAUCGAGGAGAGCAUUCCGAGCAUCAUUGCAGUGGUGUUCUUCACAUUGAUUAGAGUGUAUUUCAUUCUUGUGGUGAUGGCAUAUGCGAGACAGGUUUUGCGUGGACAUUUACAAGCCGCUUCAUCGGCAAAGCUACAUGUGCAUACGGAUGGGAGCGUCGAAUCGAGAGCGGAUAAUCCUUUCGCAGAAGGAACUCAAGCUGGAGCGGGGUGGAGAGGCAAGCUCGGGAGACUUAUGGUGAACAUAGGAGAGAACUACUGGCUCGGUGGUAGUCCAGACGAUGAAUGGGUUAAGGGACUUGAUGGGCGAUUCAAUAUCAAGAAGACCUCCAGUGGACCUCCAGGCACUUUAGAGCGAGAACGAAGAGCCAGAAGUGGGACCGGACCACCGAAGCCACCUGCCAACCUCAGCAAGGUGUAA